GGUGGCAUCUAGCAUUGCCAACUUCAAGGACGGGUAUCAAGGACCGAAAAGCCUGUGACUCGUACGUUCCUGACGCGUACGUUUCUGACACACCACGUUAAAACAGUCGCCUUACGAACAGUUAUCAGUGAGAACUAGCUCUUUGUGCUAUUUUGACACAAUGAACGCAGCUUUAGAAAACGAGAUCACGUGCGGCGUGUGCAGCGAGGUUUAUUCGUCCGGUCGGGAACCCGUGAUGCUGCCUGAGUGCGGUCACACCUUCUGCAGGGAGUGUCUCCUCAACCUACAGUCUACUUCUCUUGUUUGUCCGAACUGCAGGCAACACCACUAUAGUGUGUGCGUUGAGGAGUUGCCUGUGAAUUUCGCUCAGCUGGGCAUAGCCACCGCCUUGUCAAAUAUUCAGAAAAGCAAAGACCAAGGACAGUGCAGCAAGCACAGCCUACCACUGGAUCUGUGGUGUUCAGUUUCCCAGAGAGAGAUAUGUGCGAUGUGCUACUUCGAGGAAACGAAACAGACACAGCAGCGGGUUCUAACGCUCGCUGAAAGGAGGCAAUUCACCGUGGACGCCAUUAGACAGAAAUCGCUUAUCCUGAGCCAGCUGUACACGACCCUAAAACAUUGCUUAACCAGUGAUAGCGAAAGCAUGUGCCAAAACAGCUACGCCAAGAAGCUCAAUGAUAUUCUUCGGGGGGAGGAACUUGGCAUCCUUCCAUCGUCAAGCAUCGACAAAAGACUAGAUGGACUGAAGAAGAUGAUGUUUCCCCCCGACCGAGAGAAGAGAAGCGGUACCGGCAGCAGCAGGGAAAGCAGACAGGAAGCAGAGAGGCCUGAUAAGAUGAAGCUGCGGUGUGUGGCAAAGUGCGACAAGGGCAAGAAGGCACGGCUGACCUGGGAGGAAGAUCAGCUUCACAUCUAUGGACUCUGUGUGGACCCCGAGGAGGCGCACAUCACUUUAAAUAUGAGGGACGUCCGCCUCCUCGUCCCUCAGGAAAACCCCACAGUGUUCGUGGACGUGGCCGACAGGGACGGACCCAUCGGCCGCGUCAACAUCAAGGUGUGGACCCACCUCCGCCGCGGCCAGCAGUUCCUCGCCCUGUGCCAGGGACACCUCGGGCCAACGCUGAAGGGCUCGGCGUUCCUGGACGUCACCGAGACCGCCGGGAUCGACUGCCUCCGCGGGGGACGCUACCUGACGGAGAACGGCACGAGCUCCCACGCCCUGAUGGAUCGUCUGGAGUGGAAUGAGGGUCACGAGCGGCCAGGGCGAAAGGGCCUGGUGGCUGGCUGGAGUUUCAGGAAGGCGGAGGACGAGACCCUGUUCGGCAUAGCGCUAGGGGAGUGUCAUAUCAAGUUCUGCUGCCCUUUCGGCGAGGUCGUGUCCGGUAUGUCCAUCGUUGAGGACAUUGCCUACAACCGCACGGUGAGGGACGUGACCAUUGUGGAGGUGGGGACGGCAGUGCGCGACUUUGCGACGAAUUGAAACAGGUGGCCGAAGUGUUUGGGAUCAGCGGCUAUGGGAAGGAAAGAAAAGCGUGGCUUCCUGUGUCUUCUUUUUAUUGUUGGUAUUUUCCCAUUUAUGAUAUAGUGAUUUCAUGAGUGAAUUUAUUUUAAACUUUUUAUCUUUUUUUUUAUUAUUAUUUUUUUAAGCUCAGUUUUCUCUUUUGCAUUGCAUUAGCUUUAUGGUUAGUGUUAAUAUAUAAGUUUUAUACGGUAUAUAUAUACAGAAAUGAGAUCUGUCUGCCUACAAAGUGACUUAAUUCAGAUUAUUUAAUUUUCAGAUACAGAUUUAAAUAUAACAAAUAAACUUAUAU